CCUACUUGCCUCAGCAGAAUCAGACUACAAAAUUUGACUGAAAAGAAAGUACUGCUGACACGCAGUGCGUAAUAGACUUUCUGUCGCUAAACAGAGAGACAGUGACUGUAAUUGGCUAAAGACCUUUCUUCGCACGAUAAAAAUUCCAAUCGGUCUCUCACAUCAAGAUGAGUGCCGCGAAAAGCCGCGCGCUAGAGCUAGCGCAGUACGUUGCGGAUGUCCAGAAUGAAGUGGAAACUCUAACGCAGCAGAAUUCACUCCUCCGUUCUGCGCUGCUUGACAAUCUGGAGAACAGGUAAGGAAAGCUUCUUAGCGAUUUAUUUUACAAGAACAUGAACAUCAUGAUUGAGGGACGACUUAUUUUCGAUAAUCCCCCAUUGACUUGAUAAUUUCUUCAUGAAGUUGUUCUCUCAAUCUUAUCUAUCAUAGGGCAGUUUAUAGCACGAAUGGUGCAUGGGACGAAUGGCACGAAUGGCAUGAAUGGCACACCCCAACAGACCCCAAAUGUGUCACGAAUGGCACGAAUGGCACAGGUUGACAGGGUUCCGCCAGCUGGCGCCCCUGGUCUCAUUCGCUUACCGAGUAUAUCGGUCGCAUGCACGUGAUUCCGCCCAUGAGAGAAGCCACGUCGUGACGACGAAGAAGGGAAGAGGUGGCGCCGAAGCAUGGCGCCCCGCCCGUAGCGGGGGGGCAGCCUUGGCACUGUGUGAGGGAUGUGCGUUUGGCUGAGUGCAGGGCUUGGCGCCCGAAGGGCGCCCCGCGCCCGCGCGGUUCUUGGCGGUCGGCGUAGAGCAUCGAGCAGGAAGUGGCAAACCAGUGGGGAGAGCAACGCGUCGGAACGCAGGGCGCCCGAAGGGCGCCCCGCUCUCGAAGGUCUAUUUGGUCCACGAAUGGGACGAGUGGCGUUGUCGAUCGCGGUCACGGAUUGCGCCCCCGCCAUCCGUGCCAUUCGUGCCAUUCGAUCCAUGCCAUUCCAGACCUGGAACCCUUAUAAACUGCUCUACUAUCAUAUCUACUAAACCACAUCAUCUCAAGGUACACCCGCAUCCUCCGAACCACGAAUUCUGUCGCCGUUAUGGCGAUUUUUGCCCAAUGGAAGAUCAUCGCAUCUAACUGCUCUUUCAAGAAAGAGGUAGCAGAGUCAGAGGCACGAAGUCAAGAGGAGAGACGUGGGUUUGCUGGCCAUUUAGCCGAACUGGAGGAGAGCACGAGUGUUGCGAAACAGAACUGCGACAAGAUCGAACAGGGGGUUAACGGUAAUACCCCCGCUAAAAAAUGUUGUUUACAAUUUUCAUCGGAUGCGAUACGGCACAAUAUAGAGUAAUCUUCCUCUCAAACAUAAUAUCUUCUGGUCGAAUGUAAAUGUAAUCUAUAAUAUAAAGUAUUUGAGUAAUAUCAACCACUACAGUUUUGCGAGCCGAACGCGCAGAGUUAGAGGAAAAGAUAGCUGCGAAACGUACCCGUGUGGAGGCUCUGCGAGGGGCAUUGGUGAAAAGCAGCAGCUUUGUCGAUGAUCUGAAACAGAAACUUGAAGGGUACCUAGUAAGUACAUUGAUACUGCUUCCUUUGCGCCUCAUUAUUCAAAAUCAAAAAUUCUUAAGUGUUUAGUAACAAGGGAGAUAAGUUGUAUCUUCUUUUACAACUUCCAGUACUGCGACCUUUCCCCCCCUCCCACCAGGUAUGAAGAAUCAUCGUCCUCACUCGGCAUUUCCAUGUCCGGAGCAAGUGAACAGCCAGAAGACGCCUCCUCUGAGGGACCGUCAUUAGCUAAGGAAGGCGCGAUGUUGAAAAAGGAGUUGCAUCACAUACUCCAAAAACUCGAUCCGGCUCAUGUAAUUCCUGCAGAUCUUGCUGGAGGCGGAGGAGGUACUCGGUACAUCCACAGGCACAGGGAGUUGUAGUAACAAAUAUUGAAAAAGAACAAAAGUCAAUGGUUCGGAUCAUUAUCGGCUUGGACUACAAAUUUGGAUCGACCGUGACACUAAGUAAACAACCCUAUAAGGUAACACAAUCGUCCAUCCACCGGGAAACCAUCAAGAAAGAAGUUCAGCGACUUCACCGGCGACGCUGUCUGGCACAGCUAGCGUGAAUAUCUUGCGAAAUAACCCCAGUGCACUUCGAAUCGGUCGUGCUAGUGGCACAACGACGAUGUUGGGUGCACCAGCAGCUGUUGGACAACACCAACAGCAACAGACUGCUUCUGGCACAUCCACAUCGACUGCUCCUAGCCCUACUACUAUCACUGGAGCUGCUCCAGCUGCUCUACGCCCCACUAGGCAGUUUUCUUCAGGAGCAACACGACAAGUGAGUGCUAGUUUUGUGGUACCGAGUGCUGUGGUUACCAGAUCUGCUUCAUCUGCGAGUUCUCGGUCUACGAGUAAGAAGGUCCUUGCACCUUUGGGAACCAAUUUCGGGAUCAAAAGCUCUUCGAACAGUGCCGCAUCGACGCCGCAAGAGCAACAUGCAAUGGAGAUUCAAGUAGAGACUGCAACGAGUAGUGUGGAGGAGAAUACUACACCGACCACCACCACUGUAAACCCCCCGGUCAUCGGAGGUUCUAGAGGCCCCACUGGCGUCGCGACAGGUGUUGGCAAUCGGAUGCAUAGUCGGGCUCGUUCACCUGACUUCUUCGGUCAGAACCCACUUUAUAACACUGGUAACAACAGCGCAACAUCAGCUACCUCGUCAUCUUCCUAUUUGCUUCAACAACACCAGAACGGUCAACAUGCUGGAAGCAAUAUUCUCAACAGUAAGACGGCGAACCAGCGUAGUGCUAGCACGUUUAAUCCUGGAGAUCGAACGAAAAUCCAGAUCGGGACGACCGGCUUGGGUCUACCACAGCCCUUGACGACGAAAUUUGGAACAAAUUUCCGUCUGACGAAUUUACAGCCUUCACCUAUGCAUCCGAGAUAGACGCGCGUGAAGCAUUUUACAAUUAGAUUUGAUAUCGACAUCAUCUUCGUGGGCAUAGAUGAAGAUACAUACUUACUAAACGCUUUUGGUUUUGCACAACAAAAGAUAGAGAACACCAUAUCUUCUGCAUACCAGAAACGCAAUUUUGAUGACCUGUCCGGAGACAUUUCGUUUUAUUCUCUUGCAGAGACUUCUGCGCACCUAGUCGUUAACUUUCAUACUCAGACAGAUAUGAUCGCUGGAUGGAAUGCCGCAGUGCGAUAUUGGAGCAGGUGUCCACACAUAGACUUAAAAGAAGUGGCCCUACUUGGGUCAGUUUAUAAUCCAAUGCUUCCACUAGGGUGAACCAUCGGAAAAAACAAG